AAUUGGUCGAUUUACUGACUUAUUAAAACUGAUAACCAUAAAUAACAAAAGGAUUUUGCUGAUUGCAAUUUUGAUAUUAUUCAUUGGCAUGUUGCACGUUAUUGUAAUAAAUCAUAAGUGGACAUUAUGACCUUUUAACCACCCCCUGAGGCGUCAUUCCAGUUUUUAAUAGGGAGGCAAACAUUUACAAUUUUAAGAGUAGCGCUGAACGACGCAUGUUCACACUGGCCACCUACUACCCGUAGGCUGUUGCAUGUCCAGUGACGUAUACAAUGGGGGUAUUUGAAGGGGGUAUAAGGUAUAACACCACCCUUUAGCACCUGUUAUAAAUAAUCUAUUUUGUAAUUAAGUACAAACAUAUUAAAAUCAUAAUAUUAACGUUAUUUUUUUCUACCACGACUAUAAGAUAAUGCCUAAGAUAAUAUUUUAUAUUAUUAUAACUGUUAACUGUUUUAUUAAACAGGAUUUUUAAAUUAUCAUGGAUAUAAAUUGUUGUUAUGGUUAUAUGAAAUAACUUUAUCUUUUAUUGUAUUUGAAAUACUUUUAAAAAGUAUUUUACCCAAGUCUGGCUAAGCUCCUACAGCUUCCGUUAUCCAGUGUCCACGAACGAAAUUAUGCAACAGAUUUUUGACGAUCUUCGGUCAAAUAGACCCAAACCGUUAGAUAGUUGCGAUUUCAAUAGUUUGCCGCUGCACAAACGGUUUAUUUCGUUACCUAACAUGACCGUGCGGAGAAAUCCCGCAGCCAAAUCAUCAGAGUUCAGAUGGAAAUCAACGCCCAAUAUAAUACUACCGGUUGUCAACGAUCUCCAAGAAAAUAAACAGGAACCGUCAGAAAGCUGCGAUUUCCAUAGUUUGCCGCUGAAGAAGAGAUGUCUGUCAUUGCUCAAUAUGGCCGUGGGUACAACUUCUGAGGGCGAUGCUCCCGAGGUUGGGUUGCCACAAAUUACGUCCGUGGAGUUACCAGUUUCCAUCGAUGCCACAUUGAUGACACUAGCUUCCCCUGUAGAAGAUAGCGGGAUCGAGAUGCCGUUAUCCGACGGCGUGGGGCUUGUGGUAAUGGAUACGGUUACCCGCGGUGGCCGUAGUGAUGCGGGGACGGAUCCAGCGGUAACUGCAGUGACACAUAGUCGUCCGCGCCGUUCACUGUGGAGCCGGACCAAGAAAUUCGUGAGGCUAAUGUUCUGUUGUGGUGAGAUUGACCACGCAGACGUAUAGAUGAGUUUAUAUGGUUUUAAAAAAAGUAUUUGGGCACCGGAUUUCAAACACCCCCUUCGCUCCCCACACCGUUAAAGCGCUCGUACCGAGUUCAGACCACACUUUUUUAUAGUAAUAAGUUUAAUUAAACGUUGCACCUUUUCACUU